UCCAGCAAGCUCUGCGUGAAUUUGUGACCUUGAAGAACAGAAGCUUAUUAAUAUUUCUUCCUCGAUCAUAUUUAUUCUCGACAUUCUUCAAGUCUGCCACCAUUGAAUGUCGUUCGGUCCUCGAAGUUCGAAGCCUCAAGGACGCUACUUAAUCCUCCUCUUUGCUGUUAAAGCCUGCAAUAUGAUGGUGUGUUUUGUGGGACAUGCGAUUUCCUUUACUAUUCCCCGUUUGAUCACCGUGUUUACGAAGAUUUUAACACCCGCUUUAAGAUUUGUCCAUCAUGAGUCUUUUUUGGUAACCUUUCUCUCUACUUUAAUGCUGAACUUCUGCUGAGACUGCGAUGAUAUGGAUGCACGAAUUUGCAACUUUUUCAAAACUUUUUGAUUCUACUGCCAUCGUUAAUAGGCAGUGGAGUCUGCUCCAGGUUCUGG